AUGCUCGCUGGUGCGGUUUGCAAGGGCGGAAACGCUCUGGAUGCGCUGCUCCUGGGCCUCAGCACCGUGGCUGAGACCGCCGCCGCCGAGCUGGGACGCAAGGCCAGCGAAGAUGACAUUGCCCGGCAUGCUGUGAAGCUGAACGUAUUCCACACCAUCAACUUCAUGCUGCAGCACAGCGAGCCCAUCCGCCAGAAGGUCAAGACCGGCGACUUGGUGAUUCAGGGUGGCGUCUACGACCUGGGAAGCGGCCGCGUGCAGUUCCUGGGUGAGAGCCCGGCGCAGUCCAAGCUGCUGAAGUCGCCCAUGGCUGCCGCUCCUUCUCUGAAAGAUAAGCUCCUGGGCGCUUAG